CGCGAAGAAUUUCAGAGAUAAGAAAAAAACAAGUUUGUCCUUUUUUUCUACCAUUCCUCGUUGCUCCCACUUUCUUCUUCUCCAAAUUCAAUACUAGCAAUUAUUAUAUUUGCCACCCGAUCCCAAGCUUUCUUCGCAACAUCUCUAUCCAUUUUUUUUUUUAAUUUAGUAUAGUUGAAUUAAUUGCAACACGACGAACUUUUCUUUUUGUUUUCUUUUCCUUUUGUCUCUCUCUUCUGAUUCGUGUUUUCACGUUUCCACAUAAAUCAGCAGCCAUGGAUUCUUCUGUUUUGGUUUCUCUGUCACUCAUGCACAAGACCUCUCUUCCGUUUAUAUAAUAUUCGUCUAUACACGAUUACAACAAUUAUGAAUUAGGGCUCUUCAAAUUGCUCUGUUCCAACGAUUUUUCCUCUCGUUUGCUCUGCCGCCGUUAUCUUCGUCGAUUUCAGCAAAUAAAACCCAGGUUCUUGCUGCUGAAGUAAGCGAUGGCAGCUCCAUCUCCGACGAUUAUCGGACUGGAAUCAGAAUGAGACUUAAAACAGCGUCUAGAGUUCCGGUGAAGACGUAAUCUUCGUUGUUUCCAUGGGUUGCGGAGGAUCUAAGGUUGAUGAUCAGCCGCUUGUGAUUCUCUGCAGACAGCGGAAGGACCUGAUUAAAGAGGCGUCGUAUCAUCGCUCUGCUCUCGCCGUCGCUCACCUCGUUUACUUCCAGUCUCUCUGCGACGUCGGAGAAGCUAUUCAGCGUUUCGUUGACGAGGAAGUCGUUGUUGGUUCUUCGUCCUCUUCGCCGGAUUCUCCUGUUCUUACGCUUCCUUCCGACGAAGGGAAGCCUAAAAAACAUAAGGGCUCGAUUUCUUCCACCUCGAUUUCUCAUUCGGUCAUCGAAGAAGGAGAUGAUGAAGAAGAUACAGAGGGUUCACAUUUGCAUCUAUCUUCCGGAUCUGAAUCCGGUUCGGAAGCUGGAUCUGAUGAUCAUAUCCAAAUUGAUAGCACUCCGGAACCAGAGCUAAACCGGCCAACCGAAACAUUUUCUUCCGGUUAUCCAACAGGCUAUGCUCCACCGGGUUAUCCAUCGGGUUAUCCAUCGGGUUAUCAGCCGGGUUACCCAUAUGCUGGAGGAUGGGGAUUCACUGGCGAGAAUCCAAACGCGAAUCGAGGAAUGUAUUUCAUGAAGAAAUCUGCGCCACCAUCUCGACCGUUCAUAUUUCAGCCGGAAAAUCACCGAGUCGAGCCGUCGGAUUCUGGAGUCGGAAACUCGGGCUAUUUCCCUAAUGCUGGGUUUUCCGGUUACCCUCAUCCUUCUGGUGAUUACAGCUCAGGAGUCCAACGGAGAUCACCGUCUACGACAAAGCCACCUCCGGCUCCGGCUCCUCCAUCGCCGCCUAGUGUCUCUACUUGGGACUUCCUGAAUGUUUUUGAUACCUAUGAUUAUGGCAACGCCCGUUCCCGUGCCUCGAGCUACUAUCCGCCGGGAAUGGCAUCGAUCUCAAGCAGCCCUGAUUCGAAGGAAGUUAGAGAGAGGGAAGGGAUUCCUGAGCUGGAAGAAGAAUCAGAGCACGAAGUGAUCAAGCAAGUAUAUAGACGUCCCAAGAGAAUAGCCUUGGAGAAGGUGAAGGAGCACAGAGACGAGCGCAAGAAGGACAUCUUCCCUGAGCGCGACGAAGUUCGUGUGACGAACAUUAACAGAAGAGGGUAUGCCGGCAAAGAAACUCCGAGGGCUGUGCCAAUGCCUGAAAGAGCUACUGAGAGCUCCUUCGAUUCAGAGACAGUGUCUUCGUUUUCAGGAAGUGAUGUAGAAUCUGAGUUUCACUAUGUUAAUAGCGCCGAAAGAAAGAGCAGCAACAGUUCAAACGCCCACGAGACGAUCAUGGGGACAAAGAGCUCGGGAGAAGUAGAAGAAGAGUACGGGAGGAAGAAAGGAGUGAGCUUUGAGUUGGAGGAGACGAGCACUUCCUCUUUUGAUGUUGAAUCUUCCAAAAUAAGUAGCUUAUCCAGUUUGUCGAUCCAUGCCACUAGGGAUCUCAGAGAGGUUGUGAAGGAGAUCAAGAGUGAGUUCGAGAUUGCUUCUUCGUAUGGGAAGGAGGUUGCUGUGUUGCUUGAGGUCAGCAAGUUGCCUUAUCAGCAUAGAAACAAGGGUGGCUUUAAAGUUAUCUUAACCAGGAUCAUGUAUCUGGUCUCACCAUCUACAAGGUCAUCGCGCUCUCAGCCUGAACUAUCAAUACGAUUAACAUCUAGGACACUGAAAAUGGCGAAAGCAUAUAAUGUACAAGAUGUUAAUGAAGGCUUCACUGGGAACCUCUCAUCAACUUUGGAGAAACUGUAUGUGUGGGAAAAGAAACUUUACAAGGAAGUCAAGGACGAAGAAAAGCUUCGUGCCAUCUAUGAAGAGAAAUGCAAGUCACUGAAAAAAAUGGAUAGUCAUGGAGCAGAAUCUACCAAGAUCGACGCUACUCGGGCAUACAUUAGGAAGCUUCUAACCAAAAUCGAUAUCUCUAUACGAUCUGUUGAUUCUAUUUCCAGAAGAAUCCAUAAACUUAGAGAUGAGGAGUUGCAGCCACAACUUACACAGUUAAUUCAUGGGUUGAUAAGAAUGUGGAGAUCGAUGCUUAAGUGCCAUCAGAAACAGUUCCAGGCGAUCAUGGAGAGCAAGGUUCGGUCUGUAAAAGCCAACACCGUAUCUGGUUCGAAAGCAACUCUUGAACUUGAGAUGGAGCUUAGAGAAUGGUGCAGAAGCUUCAACGACUGGGUCAGCUCACAAAAAUCAUACGUGCAGUCUCUAAAUGGAUGGCUCUCGAGAUGUCUUCACUAUGAACCCGAGUCAACAGACGACGGAAUAGCUCCUUUCUCUCCUAGUCGUAUCGGUGCACCGCCCAUCUUUACCAUAUGCAAAGAUUGGCAAGAAGCAAUGAAUAGGAUAUCCGGAGAGAAUGUGAGCAAUGCGAUGCAAGGUUUCGCUUCAAGCCUACACGAGCUAUGGGAGAAGCAAGAGGAAGAAGAACAAAGGGCAAAAGCAGAGCAUGAGCAUCGAGAUGCGGAGUCGGAUAAAAGAAGCGUGGUUUCGAGAGGUCGGUCAGAGAGUGGGAUAUCAGUUUUGGAUGAUCUGAAAGUGGAUUUGGAUUCAAUGAGGAAGAAGCUAGCAGAGGAAAGAGGUAGGCGUAAAGAAACCAUUAAGCUUGUGAACAGCGUGUCUUCGAGUAUCCUUAAAGCUGGAUUAGUUCCCACUUUUGAGGCAUUGAGAAAAUUCACUGCAGAAGCUGUGAAAGCUCAUAACAUUGUUAGGCUUCAACAUCCUCAGACUUCUUCUUGAGUAGUAGAGAGUGUGGACUUGCCACAUUUUGCACGGUUUUGAAGUUUUGUUACUUGAAAUUUUAGAUAUAGGUUGACUAUAUAGAAAAUUGUUGUAUAGAUGAGUUUUAUAUUCAUUUAUUGGUUGGUAGGUUUGCUCUGUAAGCCUUUUCAAAUGGUGAAGAAGAAAUCAUCCAGUUUCUUAGUUCAAAUAUUACUUAUCAUACUGAAAUUAUUUUUAUGCGCC